CGUACGGGGCUUCUGUAAUUUGUAGCUCAACGCAUGGUUUUCCAACAACAAGCGAAACUCAUCAACGAGAAAGAAACAACUCUUUCUCUCUCUCUCUCCAAACUCCAAAAAGCUCUAUUCUUUGUUCUCUCUCACUCAACGCAUCUCAAACGGUCAGCUUUUUACUUCUUCUUCUUUGUUUAGUCUUAAGGAAUUGGAUUGUAAUUCAAAUCUGAUUUUCAUUACAAUCUGUAAGAAAAACUAGGAUAUGCUUCAGCAACUGGUAUUAUAUAUUUUUUUCUGGGAAAAAGUUUUCAGAUUUAUAUAGGCUAGUUUCAGAUCCGAAUCCAUAAGACACAUGGGUUUGAGUAUAGGAGGAAGAUUGAGAACCUUAUUGGAAUUAGAUUGAUUUGGGUGUCGAAUUUUGUUAUUGAAGAACUGGGUUUUCUUUGGAAAGUAGUUUGGAGUUCAGAAUUAUGAGUUUAAAGUGUAUGUCUUUGAUUAUUUUGAGUUUUUGAGAAUUGGGUUUCAAGGAAUUGGGUUAAAAGGAGCAAAAUUUUGUGACUUUGGAGAUUUGGAGGGUGGUUUUGGGUGUCUGGGAAGAGGUUAUUGUAGUCAUGUUCUAUGGUACAGCGGCAUGGGAUCCUUGGCUUAUUGUUGCCCAAAUUCUUUGCCUUCAAUGCUUAUACUAUCUCUCUCUAGGAGUAUUCUUGACAUUUCUAGUCGGGACUCGAGUGUCUCGGAUGAGCCUUGUGUAUUUCUUUGAUUAUGCUGCUGUCACUACCUCUACCGUGACCGGUUGGUGUGUCAUUGCUUCGUUUUUGUUGAGUUCUCUUGCAGGAGCUGGCAUUAUGCUUCAUUUGAUUGAGAGGGCCAAAAAGUGCUUAGACUUUUCUGCCACAGUGUACAUCAUCCAUCUCUUUAUAUGCAUCAUAUAUGGAGGUUGGCCUUCUUCAAUAACAUGGUGGGUUCUGAAUGGCACUGGAGUUGCAGUGAUGGCUUUGCUAGGUGAAUAUCUGUGCAUUAGACGUGAACUGCGAGAGAUUCCCAUUACACGAUUCCGUUCAAAUGUUUGACUGAUACGGGAAACUGGACAGGCAAGCACAAAUUUUCAGUAAUGGCUGUAUCUUCAGUACUUUGGAGGAUCUCCUGGAUGAAGCUCAUGAAGUACCAAAUUUAAUCUGUGCUGAGAAAAAAAAAAAAAAAAAAAACCUUUACCUUUGGAUUCUUUCUUUUGCUGAUGGCUGUGACAGAAGAUGACCAAAGAAAUUUGAGAUGACGUUGAAAUGAUGGGAAGAAUGAGAAAUAUGAGACUAGGUAUGCAUAGCAUCACGAAAUGUUUAAUGUAUAAUUUUUAGGUAGUUUUGGAAAAAUGUGAUGAUUAUUGUGUGUCUGAUAUCAUUCCUGGUUUAAUGUAAUAUGCUUAGGUUA